GGCGGCGCCGGGCAGAGCGAGCAGGUGCCCGAGAUGGCGGGUCACCCCCAGCCCCGCCGCCCCGCCGGACCCCCCCGCAUCCUCCCGCUCCUCCUGCUGCUCCUCUCCGCUGCCGCCAUCAUCCCCAGAGGUGAUGGUCAGAACUUGGUUACUGAAGACGUGACGGUGGUGGAGGGAGAGGUGGCCACCAUCAGCUGCCGGGUCAAGAACAGCGACGACUCGGUGAUCCAGCUCCUGAACCCCAACAGACAAACAAUUUAUUUCAGGGAUUUCAGACCGCUGAAGGACAGCAGGUUCCAGCUGGUGAACUUCUCCAACAGUGAGCUCCGAGUCUCCUUGACGAACGUCUCCAUUUCUGAUGAGGGAAGGUACUUCUGCCAGCUCUACACUGAUCCCCCCCAGGAAAUUUAUACCACAGUUACGGUGCUCGUCCCACCACGCAAUUUGGUGAUCGAUAUCCAGAAAGAAACUGCUGUGGAGGGAGAAGAGAUAGAACUGAACUGCACUGCCAUGGCCAGCAGACCAGCCACCACCAUCAGAUGGUUCAAAGGAAACAAGGAGCUAACUGGCAAGUCGGAGGUGGAGCAGUGGUCUGACAUGUACACGGUGACCAGCCAGCUGGUGCUGAAGGUGGGACGGGAGGACGAUGGGGUCCCCGUCAUCUGCUUGGUGGAUCACCCCGCUGUCAAGGACUUGCAGACACAGCGUUACCUAGAAGUCAUGUAUAAGCCUCAAGUGAGGGUGUCUCAGAACUACCCGGUGCAAGGCCUGACGAGGGAAGGGGAGCCGCUGGAGCUGACCUGCACAGCCUUUGGAAAGCCACAGCCUACGGACAUGAGGUGGUUAAGAGUAGAUGAUGAGAUGCCUCAACACGUUGUAGUGUCUGGUUCAAACCUUCUCAUUAGUAACCUAAACAAAACAGAUAAUGGUACAUACCGCUGUGAGGCUUCAAACGCGGUGGGGAAAUCACAUGCGGAUUACAUGCUGUUUGUAUACGAUCCCCCCACAACUAUCCCUCCUCCCACAACAACCACCACCACUACCACCACCAUCCCUACCACCAUCACAGACACAACGGCGACGACAGAACCGGCAGUUCACGAUUCUCGUGCAGGUGAGGAAGGGGCAAUCCAGAGCGUGGACCAUGCAGUGGUUGGCGGCGUCGUGGCCGUGGUGGUGUUUGCCAUGCUUUGCCUGCUCAUCAUUUUAGGGCGAUAUUUUGCCAGACAUAAAGGUACGUACUUCACUCACGAAGCCAAAGGAGCAGAUGAUGCAGCCGACGCAGACACAGCCAUCAUCAACGCAGAGGGAGGACAAAACAACUCCGAGGAGAAGAAAGAGUACUUCAUCUAGAGCAGCCUUGGUUUCUAUGAGGUGUCCAACUGUGGAUGGUUACUACUGGCCCUAUUUAAAUGCUAAAGAGACAGUGAUAUCGGAAGUUGCAACCAGCUUGUGUCUUUUUUUUUUUUUCUCUCUUUUUUUUUUCUUUUUUAGGAAAAAAAAAAAAAAGCAGAUGGGAGGAGAGUGGUGAGGCUGGGAGGGUCUGGGAUUUGCUGUGUAAAAAUAUUCCUCGUAAAGUACACUCUGCUGUUCGACACCUCAGUUUGUUUGGGUUUUCUUUUUUUGGCCAAGUCCAGCUUGGAUUUAGUUUAGUGAAGUCAUUUGCAGAAGAUUCUGUGCCUUGUUUAAUUUCUGUUUGUUGGGGUCAGGGGGAGGCUGGGAAGAAGAGGGGCUUCUGUGCAUUAGUUUCCUUCGGGUUUCUGUGGCUCUUCAUUUCCCCUUUCCUCUUCUGUUCCCGGAGCUGCCUGCUGGGACCCCUUGGAGUAGGUGGGUUUCUUUGAAGGUGUUCCUUUCUCUCUUCACUGUUUUCCGUUCCGAACUCGAGCUCAUCGGAGGAGAACCAGCACAUUUUAGAUUCUGUAGUUUGCAGUUCAGUGUGUACCCAUCUCCCAUUCCCUCCAUCCCCCUCAAAGGCUUGGAGAACCAAACGACCAGAACCUGCCUGUGGCCGCCCGCCUUUCAGGUGCUUUCCCUGGUGCCAACUGGGACAUGGGCUGGAGCUCAGCAAAGGGCUGUGGGGACCAGGACCCGGGGGGUGUCUUCCCUCCCUGGAGGGAUGCUGAGCCCACCGUGGGACUGCUCCCAGCCAGGCUGGGGGUCCUGCUUUGGCCCCUCGCCUCUCUGGGGUGCUCUCCCAGCCUCUCCCUGCAGUGCUGGAGGAGGCAAAGUCCCUCCUGAUCUUUGGCCAACCUCUCCCCCAACCUUGGCAGCCGCAGGAUGCAGCAGCUCCAACCCCCCAGAGCCGAGAUCUGGGGAGCAGCCGGACGAGCAAAACUGCCUUUUUAUUCCUACCUGCUCAGUAAAACGUGGGAAUUCGUGUUAAAAUGAUAGUGCUAACUGACUUAUAAAGCCAUAGGUGACAAGGAGACUCUAGGUCAAUUAGAAUCGUAAGGUAGCAGACCGCAGUGAGAAGAUGUUCUUAGAAUUCCAUACGCUGAGGUUUGGUUUUAUUUUUGGUGAGUAAUCUGGGUUUUGAGCAAUACCUUUUUUUUUUUUUUUUUUUACUGUGUUUCCGUGGAAAACAUAUGCUGAUUUAUUUAAAGGAAGCAUUAAUCUUAGCAUCAGGUUUGGGGUUUCUUUAGGACUUUCGGGGGGAGCAUUUUAGUGCUUUUGUUUUAUUUUUUUAACUGUUUUUGGCAGAACCAUUACAGUGCAGAGGGAGGCCUGUGGGAAUGGGGCAGCCCGACAGCAGCAGCGAGAGCAGGGUCCCGCUCCAGCUGAACUCGUGUCUUUCCCUUUUUCACAAGAGGUACCUCACGUAAACACAACUUUUAAAUUAUUUUUUAAUUAUUUUAAAUUUUUUCUUCCCCGAGCAACUUUUGUUGAGUGAGCGCAGCUCUUCUGAGCCUUCGGCACCGUUACCAAACCACAGGGCGGUGAGAAGCGGCCGGCGGGGUGGAGCCGGGGGGGGUCUGUCGGCGUGCGGGGUCCGAGCAGCCCAUCUUUGUUUUGGAAGUGUACAGUAGUGCAGUGUUACCAAUGUAACUUUGACUUACGAUGUUGACAUGUCUCAGGUUCAUGUGUUUUUGAUUGGUGUUUUCCGUCUCAGGUAGAUUGCGAAAUUUCGGCCCCACACAUUGGGAAAAAAAAUAAAAUAAAAAAUAAUAAGAGGAUGAAAAAAAAAAAAAAAGAACAAAUUACGAAUUUUAGUUGUAUAUUGGUUUAUGUAUUUUUUCUUCAGUAUACAGUGCACUGUUUGAAAUGUAUUGUUGAGUAUUACUUUGUACAGCUUUAGAUCAUUAGGAUUUUGAAGCGUGAAGAAAGAACAACCUUGUUUAAAGGAGCAUUACACAUGAAGGACACGGAACUGAUGCUAAACAACCUUGUUCUUUAUUCACCCGGCCUUUUUAUUUUUUCCCCUUAGGCCAGUUCUGUUUUAAGGUGUCCAUGGAAGAUGUUACAAUGUAAGAAAAUACAUAUCCAUCUGUUCCCAUUCACAUUUUGUAUUGGUUCAUGUAUCCCAUUUUUACAAAGGAAAAGAAGUACUAUAAAAUAUCUGUCUUCUUAAUAAAAAAAAAAUUAAUGUUACAAAACUA